AUGGAUGUUUUGGAGACAGUUCAAGUGGUGCAGAAUCCCCCUGAAAUGCAAUCAAGUGAUGAAGGUGAGAGCGCAGAAGAUGCAAUGGAGAGAAGGACUAUACCCUGUGUCGUCGAGAUCGCGGAAUUGUUUGGAGAGCUGGAACUUUUGGCGACGGAGUGCCAGGUUUCGGACGCUCUAUCGCAUCUGCGGUCGGCAAAACGCGCAUUUCUCACUGCAAGACACAACAGAGAACCAACACAGAGCAGGCAGACGUUAAUUACCGAAUGCAUGCAGAUAGAUGUGACGACGUUACUUACUAAUGCCGUCUCGCAAUAGUGCACGUUUUUGGGGUUUCGCACGGGGCGGCACUAAUGGGUAGGGUCCCCUGUAUUACGAAAUAACUAUUUGAGAGUUUACGCAGUUGGGUAUUUCGUGGUAACCAGGUUAUCGUUGACGCAGUCCUAUACACUGCUUGAGAGAUGAGGAACAAGGAGAAGAAAGCACCGAAGAAGGCAUGAAAGUUAAGGUCGGCACUAACAGCAACCAAUGCUGUAGGACACAUCGCUUUCUGCAGCAAAAAUGACUUCCACGACCUGUUCCUGAAGCUGACCUGGACUGUGCACAGAUUCUGCACCUCAUGCGGCAGGCUCUGUGUCAAGGGAUUGGAAGCACGCGCAAUCGGAGCGAAUUCUCAUGGGACAUCAAACGCUUCAGAAGUGGCCAACAAUAAUAUUCGUACUGAUUCAUGCUAGGACUCGUUUUACCUUCUCUUUCACGAUGCGGUGAUAUUGAUAUGCUGUUGCUAUCUACAGCAAUACUGUUAAACUGUGUUUCAGUCGAUUG